GCUCAGACUUAUCUGGAAACGAAUAUUAUGAAAGUAAUCUUAUUAAUGGACGAAAAAAACGGACGGUCGAGAUGAAAGAAAAGAAGCCUCUAGGAGAAUAUGAUAGCGAUUCUUUGCCUGAAUUAAUUAUUCAAAGGGCAAAGGCUUUGGAUAAAGAUUGGGAACGGCGCAAAGAAGAACUAUCACGGGAAAAAGUAUCUGAUAAAUCAACAUCAGCAGAAUUUGAAGGUCAAGAUG